AGUCAACAUGGCGGCUAGCCGGAGGGGGAGGAUUAACCGGCACUGAAAAUGACAGCAAUUGAGCACAGAAUUUGUCUUUGUUAAAGCCAGAAACAUGGAAGAGAAAGAUACAGAGCAUGAAUCUCAUGCAUUGGAAUAUGCUUUUGAUCUUCUGGAAGUUGGGUGUACAGGCACAAUUGAAAUCAUACCAGAAUCAUUCAAUAAGUCAUCAAAAAAGGAAUUAAAACCACUAACAACACUUCCAUGUGGUUUACCACCUUUGUUUGCACCAGAUCUAAAGACUGAUUUAGAAAAGUAUCUUCUGGAUCCUACAGUGCUGCCCAUCCAUGACUUUCAAAGAACACAGAGAUUUUGGCCACGUGAACGAGACCCAGAAAGUCUGUUGUUUUCAGAUGUGUGUCCUGUUCCAUCAACAUUAAAAGUAGAGAGAAAUCCAACAACAGGAGAACUUCUAGGCUAUAACGAGGUUAUGUUGACAGAUACAGGAUGUACAUCAAAAAAUUCCAUGUCACUUUUAAGACAACCUGGGCCCCUAUCAGCAUCGGUGAAGGGAGAGUCUACAAAUUACCCGUUUUUACCAGGUGGUAUGGAGACCUUGGAAACUACAAAACCAGGUCUGGUAUUUGAUGGUGAGCUGAACUUUGAGAAAGAUCUUCUGUCUGUGCCACCAGGCUUUAAAAAAGGUGCUAGAUUCACUGAAGAUAAGGAAGACCAAGAGAGAGAUUCCAUGGCACCUGUACCUCAAAUUGUGGCUAUGUCUGACAUCAUGGCUGGUACCACACUGGAAGACCUAGAGUACAGUGAUGAUGGUGAUGACCUGGAGACAGAUGAGGAAGACAUAGAUAAGCUUUCUGAUAAAAGCGAAUCUGUGAGUGAUCCAGAGGAUGGCACAGAGGGAAGUCUCCAAAGACAGGAUAGUCUUGAGAAAGUAUUGGUCGAGGGAAGCGAUUCAGAAAAGACACGUACUUCUUCAUCGUUAGUUACAGACAAACCCAUCAAAGAGGAGUGGGCUGUUAUGGUGAACGUCACAGAACCUGUCAAAGGUUUCCAUAAGCGAGUUCCUGAUAUGGCGCAUGAGUGGAAGUUUGAGCUGGACACGUUUCAAAAGCAGGCCGUGCUUUGUUUAGAAAAUAACGAAAGUGUUUUUGUUGCCGCUCAUACCUCAGCUGGAAAGACAGUGGUGGCAGAGUAUGCCAUUGCUUUGGCUAGUAAACACAUGACAAGGACAGUAUACACGUCACCAAUCAAAGCUUUGUCCAAUCAGAAGUUCCGCGAGUUCAAGGACACUUUUGAGGAUGUAGGUCUGCUGACAGGUGAUGUGCAGAUCAGACCUGAGGCGUCCUGUUUGAUUAUGACUACGGAAAUAUUGCGUUCCAUGUUAUACAAUGGUUCAGACGCCAUCAGAGACGUGGAGUGGGUGAUUUUUGAUGAAGUACAUUACAUAAACGAUGCAGAGAGAGGUGUCGUUUGGGAAGAAGUUCUCAUUAUGUUACCAGCGCAAGUCAAGAUCAUUCUGUUAUCUGCAACUGUACCUAACACGCUGGAAUUUGCCGACUGGAUUGGACGCACCAAGAAGAAGAAAAUCUACGUGAUAAGCACUCCCAAGCGCCCAGUCCCCUUACAGCAUUUCCUAUACACAGGCAAUAGUAACAAGACAAGCAAUGAACUGUUUAUGAUCGUGGAUGCUGACGGUAAGUUUCUGACGCGCGGUUACGAAGCAGCUGUGGCGGCGAAGAAAGCGAGAGAGGGGAAAGGAAAGGAUGCAUAUGGCUCCAAAACUCACCAAACAACAAACAUUAAGGAGGAACGUAACAUCUGGUUGUCUCUGGUUGAAAUGCUUCGCAAGAAGGAGAAGCUUCCUGUGGUCGCUUUUACCUUCUCCAGGAAGAGAGUGGAUGAUAACGCAGACCAACUCAGUAAUCUUGAUCUCACCACUUCAACCGAGAAGAGUUUGAUCCAUGUUUUCAUUCAAAAGGCAAUAGCAAGACUUAAAGGUCCUGACAGACAACUGCCACAAGUUUCCAGGAUUCAAGAGCUCCUUAAGCGCGGCCUUGGUGUUCACCACAGUGGAGUACUGCCUAUAAUUAAAGAGAUGGUGGAAAUGCUGUUUGGACGAGGCUUGGUAAAGAUCCUCUUCGCCACUGAAACGUUUGCCAUGGGCGUCAACAUGCCGGCUCGUACAGUGGUGUUUGAUACAACCAGAAAGCACGAUGGGACAAGUUUUAGGGAUUUGCUGCCUGGUGAAUAUAUUCAGAUGGCUGGCCGCGCUGGCCGGAGAGGUCUGGACCCUACUGGGACUGUAAUCAUACUCUGCAAAGGGAACGUGCCGCUGAUGGCGGACUUACACAAGAUGAUGCUGGGUAAACCAACUCAGCUUAUUUCUAGGUUUCGUUUGACGUAUUCUAUGAUACUGAAUCUGUUGCGAGUCGAGGAAUUACGUGUAGAGGACAUGUUGAAAAGAAGUUUCGCUGAGUUCCAUAUGCAGAAAGACGCUCAGGAAAGAAAACGCCAAAUGGAGGAAGUGGAGGAAAAACUCCAGCAUAUAAACGAUGUGGAUUGUACGUUUUGUUCUGGAGAUCUUAAGUCUUACUUCAAGGCUUGUCAAGAGCUGUCGCCACUAACUAACACUGUCAAGGCGGCAAUACAUUCGUCUCCACAUGGUCAGCGGGCCCUCUCUCCAGGGCGCAUCGUCACGAUAACUACCGCUGAGCACAAGAACGCUUUAGCCGUCAUUUUGCAGGCAGGAAACACUUCUUCCAAAGGCCACUUGACCAUGCAGUCUCAAGUAGUGUCCAGUCCAACGGAAAGAAAAUUUGAAGUGUUAGUAAUAUGUGACCCAAAGGAAAACAAAGCAGAGGACAACGAAUUUAAUUCAUCAAAAGAAAGUAAAGUAGACGCAUCAGAUAUGGACAAGGAAGUGCAGCCUUUUAUAAAACAAAACUUAUUUUUACCCAAGGGACGAUGUUCUCACCAAAUUUUACAAGUGAAUGGAAAUGCUAUCACUGCUAUUUCUGUUCGUCAAAUGAAAGUUGAUACUGCAAAGAUAAUAGACGAUCAUAAAAAGAGAAUGCUGCCAAGAUUUAGGAAUGACUUACCAGGAAAAACUACCAUUAGUGCAGAGCAAGAACUGCUUAGAUUAUCCGAGGCUAAUCCCGAGGGACUGAGCACCAUGGAUCCUAUUAAAGACUUUAACAUCCGGGACAUUGACAUGGUGACGACAAUAGCGAGAAAACAAAGUCUUGAAGAACAAUUGGCAAACUUCGCAUGCUUGAACUGCCCCAAGUUUACAGAGCAUUUUGAAACAGUCGCCAAACAGAUGAAAUUACGAGAGCACGUGACCGUCCUAAGAUAUUUAUUGUCCGACGAGAGUCUCCAACAUAGAGAGGAACUUCAGCAAAGAGUAGAGGUUUUACGUAAAUUACGUUACGUGGACGCGAAUAACGCUGUGCAGUUGAAGGGAAGAGUGGCGUGCGAAAUAAGUAACCAUGAACUGAUGAUCACAGAACUCGUGUUUGAAAAUGCUUUCACGAAUCUUCAUCCCACGGAGAUUGUGGCUUUGCUGUCUUGCUUUGUAUUCCAGCAGCGUCGAUGCAGCAAGCCAAAUUUAACCAAGACGUUAGAAGAGGGCAAGCAGUUCAUAUUACAAAUGGCAGAACGAAUCGCUGACCUGCAGUCUGAAUUUGGUCUGUCUACGUCUGUUGAAGAAUUUAAAGAGCAGUACAACUUUGGUCUGGUAGAGGCUGUGUUUGAAUGGGCAAGAGGAAUGCCUUUCUCUGAAAUAACCAACUUGACAGAUGUGCAGGAAGGGAUCAUUGUUCGCUGCAUUCAGCGAUUAGAUGAGACGUGUCGUGAUGUUAGAAAUGCCGCUCGCAUCAUCGGAGAUCCAAAGCUUGGAGAGAAGAUGGAGGAAGCGUCCGCUAUGAUCAAAAGAGACAUCGUAUUCGCUGCAAGUCUGUACACGCAAUGAACUAGUGACCGGAAAUGGAAAGCAUUAGCAUCUUAUUAUGACUCAGCAGCAUCUGCGUCACAAUGAGAUGUUAUCCCGUAAAGAUUAAGUUCGAUUUUCAUCCAUUAGCGAAGAACGACCGUUUUCGCGGAACUGUAGGAUUGAGGUCACCCAUGUUGCUGGUCAACCUGGUUUUGACCUAGAAAAUUUCGUGACUUAAAAAGAGCUCAUUUAAACCGCCAUCAAACGAGUUGUUAAAACUAAUCUACUGAAAUUCUUUAGGUGCAUAUUUCGUAAAAUUAAAAUUAAAAGCUCGAGGCUGAAUAGUCCCAUCCUGAUUCAGGAACUGCUCUUUCAACGUUUUUAGACUUAGCGUAGACUAAACUUACAGGAUUUAACUAAGUCAGAGUGCACAUCUAAAUGCCUUUUUUAUGACUAAACUUGCGUAACUCGUAACUCUUGGUUUAGAAAAUGAUCUUUUAAGUCUUUUUAGACUUUGCUCAAAAUAAACAUACAAGUAUAAAUUAA